AGACCCCACUUGCACUUGUGCACAUGGAUGUGGUGGGGCCCACAAGAGCCCCUUCCCUCUCAGGCAGCCGCUAUUUCUUGACAAUUGUGGAUGACCACACUCGGGCAGUGUGGGUUUACCCUUUGAAGAGCAAGGGGGAGGUGGCAGCGGCUGUCCUUAAGGAGUGGAUGCCGAGAGCUCAGAGGGAAUGCGGACACAAGGUGAAGGUGAUCCGCAGUGACAAUGGUGGGGAGUUCAUUGGAGCUGAUUUUGAGGGGGAGUUGAAGAGGAAGGGGAUCCAGCAUCAACUGACAGUGCCCUACAACCCGCAGCAGAAUGGCGUGGCUGAGAGGGACAAAGGUCAAAGUUGAGGUUCCUAUAGGGAGGGAAUCUUUGUGCUUAUGGGGUUUCCUUGGUUGGGGACUCUCUUGGGACCUUCCCUCUCAUCCUUCUCUUCCUAUCCCAACCUUUCUCUUGCUCCUUCUAAUUCCUUGUGAGAUUCUUGAACUUUGAUUGAACUCUUGAGAUUGAGUUAAGUUCUCCUCCUACAGCUUACCCCCUAGUGCGUCGAAAGCCAUAGCGUCGCGAAUACUUCAUCAAUCAACGUGAUUCAAAUUGGGAACGGUAGCUGAGAUCAAGAGCUACAACAUAUCCAAGUUUCGCGACAUUCCAACGGCUAGUGUUUUGUCGACGUCGUUUCUUGUGAAGACGACUUUUCUGUCCAGAAUUUCGGAUUUAUAUUUUGAGUAAUUCUAGCUCCUAAGUUCACCUAGACUCUGUCCUUAAUCCU